AUGACGGAUAAGGGAAAUGACGAAGCGGUGCCAAGAGUCACCGAGCAAAUGAGAGAAGUGAUUGCCGAGGAAGUAGGAAAGGUAAUCGAAAAUAGCUUAUCCGAUUUUAUUGAUAAGAUUCAGAAUACGGUACUAUCAGUUGUGGGGAGAAUCAAGAAAUUGGAAGAUGAUGCUAAUGUAGCCAAGGAAAAAGCUGUAGAGCGCAAGGGUUGCUCGUACAAAGAGUUUAUGGCAUGUAAACCGCCACUCUAUCACGGAGAGGUGGAUCCGAUAGUGUGCCAAAGAUGGUUGAGUGAUAUUGAAGGGGUGUUCGAGAGAACCCACUGUGAUACAAGUGACUUCGUAGCUUAUGGCAUGGGUCAGCUGAGAGGUCAAGCAAAAGACUGGUGGGAUAAUAAGAAAAAGGAAAUCGGAAGUGAAGCGGCGAAAGAAAUGACAUGGGAGGAGUUUAAGGUACCAUUCCUUAAACAUCACAGUCCUAAAGCGGUUAUCAAUCGAAUCAAAGAGGAGUUUAUUCAGCUUAGAAAGAAAGGCGAAUCUAUUGAUAAGAUCACGGGGAUCUUUCUUGAUAAACUGAGGUUUUGCGAUGAAUUGGUGACCUCCGAAGAACAGAAGGUAGAAAUAGAGCUAAAGAAACAAAUUAAAAGGGGUGAAAGAAGGGCGCAAGAGGUUAAUCCAAGCCCUACGAAAAAGCCACGCAUGACUGACUCAUCGAAGAAGCAAGAAGGAAAGAGCAGUACGCCAAGCUGUAAAGUAUGCGGGAAAGGGCACAAGGGUGAGUGCCGGUUUAAGGACAAGCCGUGUCCUAUUUGUGGGAAGACAGGGCACACGGCUGCGUUGUGCCCGGGGAAAGUGUCGGUGUGCUACAAAUGUUAUCAGCCGGGUUACAAGAAAUCUGAGUGCCCGGAGUUGGUCGGAAAGAAGGAUGAUAAGAGUACGCACACAGGGGCACCAAAAGCAAAAGCAAGAUCCUUCUAA